CUUCGAGGCUUCAAAGGACCUGGGAGUCGCUGCUUCUUCCGCCCUGGCCUGACCACAGCACAGAGGAUCUGUUGCAGUCAUGUCCGCUGCGAUUGCAGCUCUAGCUGCUUCGUAUGGUUCGGGUUCAGGGUCCGAAUCGGACUCGGACAGUGAGGGCAGUCGGUGUCCCCUGCCAGCCGCCGACUCUCUCAUGCACUUGACCAAAUCACCUUCCGCAAAGCCCUCUCUGACAGUGGCGGUGGACUCGGCUCCGGAGGUGGCGGUUAAGGAAGAUUUGGAGACUGGAGUUCACCUUGACCCUGCUGUCAAAGAAGUUCAGUAUAAUCCUACCUAUGAGACCAUGUUUGCUCCCGAGUUUGGACCAGAAAAUCCCUUUAGAACACAGCAAAUGGCUGCUCCUAGAAAUAUGCUUUCUGGAUAUGCCGAGCCGGCGCAUAUCAAUGACUUCAUGUUUGAACAGCAGAGAAGAACGUUUGCUACAUACGGCUAUGCACUGGACCCUUCACUGGAUAGCCACCAAGUAUCCGCUAAAUACAUCGGGUCUGUAGAAGAAGCUGAAAAGAAUCAAGGUCUAACUGUAUUUGAAACUGGUCAGAAGAAAACAGAAAAGAGGAAAAAGUUCAAAGAAAAUGAUGCAUCUAAUAUUGAUGGUUUCUUGGGACCGUGGGCAAAAUAUGUGGAUGAAAAAGAUGUGGCCAAACCUUCAGAAGAAGAACAAAAGGAAUUGGAUGAAAUCACAGCGAAGAGGCAGAAGAAAGGCAAACAGGAAGAGGAGAAACCUGGGGAGGAGAAGACAAUCUUACAUGUUAAAGAAAUGUAUGACUAUCAAGGCAGGUCCUACCUUCACAUACCUCAGGAUGUUGGUGUUAAUCUACGGUCGUCUGUGCCACCUGAAAAAUGUUACCUUCCCAAAAAACAAAUUCACGUGUGGUCUGGACACACAAAGGGUGUCAGUGCGGUCAGGCUGUUUCCUCUUUCUGGACAUUUGUUGCUGUCUUGCUCCAUGGACUGUAAAAUUAAGCUAUGGGAAGUUUAUGGAGACCGGCGCUGUCUAAGAACAUUUAUUGGUCACAGUAAGGCUGUGAGAGACAUCUGCUUCAACACCGCAGGCACCCAGUUCCUCAGCGCGGCCUAUGACCGGUACCUGAAGCUCUGGGACACCGAGACGGGGCAGUGUAUAUCAAGAUUUACAAACCGAAAAGUACCCUAUUGUGUCAAGUUCAAUCCUGAUGAAGACAAGCAAAAUCUCUUUGUGGCUGGGAUGUCUGACAAAAAGAUCGUGCAGUGGGACAUCCGCAGCGGAGAGAUUGUCCAGGAGUAUGACCGGCAUUUGGGAGCUGUCAACACCAUUGUGUUUGUUGAUGAGAAUCGAAGAUUUGUGAGUACGUCUGACGAUAAGAGCCUAAGAGUUUGGGAAUGGGAUAUCCCUGUGGAUUUUAAGUACAUAGCAGAGCCCAGCAUGCACUCGAUGCCUGCAGUGACUUUGUCUCCAAAUGGGAAGUGGCUCGCAUGCCAGUCAAUGGAUAACCAAAUCUUAAUCUUUGGAGCCCAGAACAGAUUCAGAUUAAAUAAGAAGAAAAUUUUCAAAGGUCACAUGGUAGCAGGCUACGCUUGUCAGGUCGACUUCUCGCCGGACAUGAGCUAUGUGAUUUCAGGAGACGGAAAUGGAAAACUAAACAUUUGGGACUGGAAGACCACAAAACUCUACAGUCGGUUUAAAGCCCACGAUAAAGUGUGCAUAGGUGCAGUGUGGCACCCCCAUGAAACGUCCAAGGUCAUCACGUGUGGCUGGGAUGGCCUCAUCAAGUUGUGGGAUUAAUGGGAUUAGUCCUUUCACAGUCUGGGAUCAUUUUGGUCCAGUGUCAUAUUUAACUAUUUAAUUAUUAAAAUGUGUUGGAUGACAAUUUGAUUUAUAGGUAAUCUUUCCAUAUAUGGACUUAUGAAGUUGGCCAAUGGUUUUUGUUAAGAGCGCUGUAAAUUUGCCUCAUAUGAGUCGGUUGGCAACUUCAUUUUAUUCUUUACAGAUGCUAUUUAUGUGAAGAAUGACAGCUGACACUCGACAGAUAGUUACUCUUGGCAGGCAGUUUGCAUUUGUCCCUGAGGUAUCACUGAAAGGACCAUUCCGGGGCCUACUGGAUAGGGGACCCUAGAGGAAAUGACAUAGAUGAUGCAGGCACCAGCCCUUACCAGUCCACCCGGAACGGAAGGAAAGAAAGGACUGGUGCAGUUUGAUUACUCAAGAAGGCGGAAACACUCAGAAUUACUGCUCCUAUCAUUUUCAUUGAAUCAAGUUCGAGGCUUUCGGUUUCACAAGUUCCAUUAUUUUUAUGGCCUGUGUUGUAUAUUUUUACUUGUAAAUGAGUGACCUUUAUUGGCUGCAGCAUUUCUCUGAUUAUUAAGCAAUGUAAAAUUAAAAAGCAGCCCACAGUUCCUUUUUUGACUCUCUUCCUGAUCAGGGUGGCCAGGACUGUAUAGAUACAGUAUAAAGCAGAAAGUAAGGUGGAACUCUGGUGAACGAGCCAAGGCUUUGGAUUUUCCUGAAAUCACUGUCAGUACGGACAUGGCUGCGCUCUCAGAAACCAGGGUCCGAGGGCUCUCCUCCACCACCCUACCAGCGAAUCCCCUCUGGCUGAGCAUGAAGGCAUGGUCCAAAAUACUGCCUUGCAAUUUCUUUGAAGUCAAGUUUUGUUUUUGUUUUUUUAAUUACUCUGAUUUUGCUUGUGAAUACAAACAGUGAAACUUUUAAAUGUUAGAAAAUAUUAAACCUCCUUUGAGAUCUUUGUAAAAACAUUGACUCUGUAAUAAAAUACCCAGAGUCCCCAAUUUAAGAGGCAGUAACCAUGUUGUUUUCUUUAAAUCACAUCGUGAACUUUGCACUGCCAAGCCAUCGCCAGGUCUGUAUCUUCCAGGAAGGGUGGCAUAUGGGAGGAAGGAAUCCACGACCUUAAAAACGCGAAUGACUGGAGUGUGGUGGGGAAAGACUGCAGUACCGCAUGUUUAGAAUCAUAAUUUUAGAGUCCCCAUCUCUCUUACUGUGUUGUUGACUGUUUCUAAGACAAGUAACUGUACAUAAGAGUUUUCUCUUUUUUGAAAAGACCCUAUUUUUGAAUAAAGCAUUCUUUUUAUAGAAAGUG